AAAAAAGGUGAGAAAAUGCUGAAAAAUAUGAUCAAAUGCUUAGAGGAGAUCAUUGUAGAUGCUAGUUUCCCUGAUUCUAAUGUGAAAGCAGUCAGAUUUGUCUAUCAUUGAGCGAUUCUAAAAUGAAUAUAUAUUAUAUUUGCAAGAAAAUAAAGUACCAACAUGUUGCUACUUGAUUUGCUUUUGGGAAAAGGUUAAGCACUUAAACUCCACCACAGUUGGUCAUUGCAUGACCAUCUCAUCAGAUAAUUCAGAUUUGCUACAUCCACAAAGAGACCAAAGCAAGGAGUAUGGUCUAUGGAUCCAGUGGUUGGAGAUGUAUCAUUGACAUCAAUUCAAUUUACAAACAUUGAUUUUAAAGGCAUAUUCGAGAAGUUAGUGAGUGAAUAUCUUCUAUUAGCCACUUCUCACCACCCGGAGGAGCUACCAAUCAGAAGUGCGAGAGCAAAGCUAUUGCUGCUUUUAUUUCCAAUUUCUCCCUUCUUUUCAGUAUAAAGAAACCAUGACAUGAGAAUAGAGUAAGUACUCAAGUAUUGAGAUUUGAAUUCUAAAUCUGCUACUACCUCUUAAAAGUGGUUAUAUAAACUGAGCCUUUAUUAAGCCCAUCGCCACCCUUCCCUAGCAUCGUAAAACCUUCUCUCUCUUCCCCUCUCUCUCCCUUCUCCCUCCAGCAAAUGUCUCAAAUCCUCUCAAAAUCUCCCAAACACUGCGCCAAGCAAGGACUAAGCAUUGAUAAGUCCUACAAGAAAUUAUUUUUUGCAUUCUCUGCAUUUUUUACCAUAGUUUUAGCCUUUAUAUUCCUCAUCUGGCUUAUCCUUCACCCUGCAAAACCUCAGUUCUCCCUCAGAGAAGCUGAUAUCUACCAACUCAAUCUCUCGGGCCCUCACCUUCUCAACUCUUCCAUCCAACUCACCCUGCUCUCUAAAAAUCCAAAUAAUAAGGUUGGCAUUUACUACGACGACUUGCAAGCUUAUGCUGCAUAUAAAGGGCAACAGAUAACUGUUGAUACAUCUCUUCCUCCUUUCUACCAAGGACAUGAAGAAAGCAACCUGUUAACAGCAUUUCUAGAGGGAACGGGGCUGCCUGUGGCUCCAUCCUUUGCUUACGAAGUUAGGCGUGAUCAGACAUCUGGAAGAAUAGUCCUGAACUAUAAGGCAAACGGAAAGCUUAGGUGGAAGGUUGGCACUUGGGUUUCUGGCCGAUAUCGCUUCAACGUUAACUGUGUUUCUGUCAUGGCCUUUGGACCUACUGCCCCAACAGGUCCACUGAGUUCAAUUCGAGGGACUCAGUGUUCCACUGCCGUGUGAGAUGAUGUUAACUAACAUGCUUGGCAGUUGAUAUUUAUCAGCUUGAUUUUCUAUAGUUUUCGCUGUUUUAUGUAUUGUAUUCUGUAAAUUAAAUUUAGUUCAUCAGAAAGAUUGAAACAUAAGGAUUGUACUGUUGUAAGUGAUAAUGAAAAGCUUGUUUAGAUUGUUUAUCGUAUCUUAACUUCUACUUUUAUCAUUCUGGCCUGAUUUCGCUUUGCACGUGCUUGGUAGACAAUUAAAAAGAAGAUGCAUAUCUCCUUUUUUUGUAGAAAGAUGAGGAAGGAUUGUUUCAACUUUGCUUGUUUGAUUGUUCACCGAGCAGGAAGAAAGACAUGUAGAUAUCGAGAUGACGGUGGAUGAGAUUCUAAUCGGAAAGAAAAAAAAAAAAA